CCAAUAUAAAAGCACCACCAUUUUUUUAAAUCUAUUCAGUUUCAUUCAAAGGUUUAAUAAUUACACAAGUGACAAUUAGAAGCUAGUUUGAAGAAUGGCCAAACUAAUGAUAAUCCUCGCUGUCUGUGUCGCCUUGACAAUGGCGUAUCCAGGUCAUGGUGGCGGUCGAGGUGGUCACGGUCAAGGUGGUUACGAUCAAGGCGGUUAUGGUCACGGUGGUUAUGGUCACGGUGGUUAUGGCCAAGGUGGUUUUAGUGGCGGCCAAGAUGGUCUAGGAGGUGGUCACGGUGGUGGUCACGGUGGUGGUCACGGUGGUGGUCGAGGCGGUGAAGGUGGUUACGGUCUAGGAGGAGGUCACGGUGGUGGUCACAGUGGUGGUGGUUACGGUCAAGGUGGUUUUAAUGACGGUCAUGUUGGUUUUAAUAGCGGCCAAGGUGGACGUGGUGGCUUAGGAGGUGGUCACGGUGAUGCUGGAGUUGGUGGAGGACAUGGUCAUGGAGGACAAGGCAACUUUGGUGGAAACGGCGGUUAUGGUGGACAAGGCGGGCAUGGUGCUGGUGGUCAUGGUUAUUAAAAUUUUCGAUUAUAUACAUAUGUAUGUAUAAAAAA